AUGGCAAGUCCACAGAGUGCAAAUCCACAGAAUGCAAGUCCACAGAGUAUAGGUUCAGGUACUGCUGAAUAUGAUCCAAGGACGGAUCCGAAAAGGAAGGCCAAGUCUAAUGAUCCUGGGUGGAAGUAUGGCUUCUGGCCAGAAAUUGGCAACAAAGAUUUGGUUGAGUGUAUCCUUUGUGGAACACAAGUAAAGUCUGGAAUCAAGAGAUUGAAGGAGCAUCUUGUAGGUGGAUAUGGAGAUGCUGUCAAAUGUGAUAAGACAACAAUAGAAAUUGCUGCUGAAAUGGAAGCAGCACUAGUUAAGGGAAGAAGAAGGAGAGCGCUAAACCUAGAUGAUGACGAUGAUGGUGUUCAAAUGGUGGAAGUGGUACCAAGUGAGAACCAGGUUCAGGGACAUCCAAGUUCAGGCACAACUGUGCAACAUCCAAGUUCAGGGACAGCAUCCAAAAGGAAGCAAUCUGCUCUGAAAUUUUCAACUUUACCACCUAGACCAAAAGAGAAGAAGUUAGUGAUUACCAUGCUUCGAAAAAAACCUGAAGAAGUGGUUGAGGAAAGACAUUCUAAGAAUGGACCUGCACAAAGCAGUGUGGAGGGAAGGAUCAGGACCAAGGAAGAAAGAGAUGAAGUCAAUAUGCAUGUGGCCAAUUUCUUCUAUGAGAGUAGAAUACCAUUGAAUGCUAUCAAUGCAAGGAGCUUUGAGAUUAUGUGUGAGGCCAUUGGACAGUAUGGACCUGGAUAUAAACCUCCUAGCUACCAUGAGGUGAGGGUGCCAUUGCUACGAAAGGCUGUGGAACAGACCAACAAACUAAAGGAGAAGCAUGAGGCUGCUUGGAAGCAAUAUGGCUAUUUACUACAGCAGAGAAUUGAUCUCAUUGGAAGAGACAAGGUUGUUCAAGUGGUCACUGACAAUGGUGCUAACUAUAAGGCAGCUUGCAAGCUUCUUAUGGAAAGAAUUCCAACGCUGUUUUGGACUCCAUGUGCUGCACAUUGCUUGGACCUUAUGCUAGAGGACAUUGGCAAAAUGAAGGUGUUCAGCAAGCCUAUUGCACGUGCAAGACAAGUUACUACCUUUAUUUAUAGGCACGGGAGGCUUCUUGAUGCAAUGAGGGAGAAGACAGGAGUUGAUGACUAUGGUGAAAUUGAACCUAUUGUUGCUGAUGAAAGUGAUCAAGCUACUAGUGGUGGUGCCAAUUCAGAUCCUUUUGUGAUGGAGGAUGACUUCUAUUGA